AUGUCUACCUGGUUAACUUUGAUUACAAGUUCGUCGGACCUGGAUUCAUCGUUCUUUUCAUUCUGUGCCUGGGAGUUGGCUCGCACUUUUUGCUCCAUGCUAAAAGGGUUACGAACAAAUACAGAAGAAACCUCCGGAUCGAAUAUACGUUUAAAAAAAAAAAAAUUACCAAAUGUUAAUAUUGGGAUUUUUCUUCCAAUGGGAGACUAUGGUGUUCAGGUUGUACACGUCACUCAGGUUGCAAAGAAAGAAAAGCAAAAAAUAUCCUCUCUCUCUUGUUCUCUCGCAUCCUCUCUCUCUUUCUUGUUCUCUCGCAUCCUCUCUCUCUCUCUUGUUCUCGCAUCCUCUCUCUCUCUCUUUGUUCUCUCGCAUCCUCUCUCUCUCUUUUUGUUCUCUCGCAUCCUUUUCCUCUCUCUCUCUCUUGUUCUCUCGCAUCCUCUCUCUCUCUCUUGUUCUCUCGCAUCCUCUCUCUCUCUGUUGUUCUCGCAUCCUCUCUCUCUCUUGUUCUCUCUCAUCCUUCUUCUCUCUUGUUCUCUCGCAUCCCUCUCUCUCUCUUGUUCUUUUCAUGAUCCUCUCUUCUCUUGUUCUCUCUCUCCUCUCUCUCUUUCUCUCAUGCUCUCUCUCUCUUCUCUCUCGCAUGCUCUCUCUCUUGUUCUCGCAUGCUCUCUCUCUCUCUUGCUCUCUCGCAUGCUCUCUCUCUCUCUUGCUCUCUCGCAUGCUCUCUCUCUCUCUUGCUCUCUCGCAUGCUCUCUCUCUCUCUUGCUCUCUCGCUCUCUCGCAUCCUCUCUCUAA